GCGACCAUCCAGCGGGAGGCGGAGCGAGUCCAAAAUGGCGGCUCUCAGGCUGGCGCGCUCCGUGCUGCUGAGGCUUUGAGGUGGUCGCCAGGGGUCGGGGGGACGAUUUCCCCGCCGCGGGGGCCCUAGAGGAUGAAUCGGGAGCCCUGCUAAGGUUAGGCGGCGGGGCUGGAGAGAAGUGGCAGCAAGGACUGCGGUGGAGUCCACGGAGCGGGAUGUGCGAGAGUUACUCCAGGUCGUUGUUGAGGGUCUCGGUGGCGCAGAUCUGCCAGGCGCUGGGCUGGGACUCGGUGCAACUGAGCGCCUGCCACCUCCUCACGGACGUGCUGCAGCGCUAUCUGCAGCAGUUGGGACGGGGCUGCCACCGCUACUCUGAGCUGUAUGGCCGAACAGACCCCAUUUUGGAUGAUGUUAGUGAAGCUUUCCAACUUAUGGGGGUUAGUCUUCAUGAACUAGAAGACUACAUUCACAAUAUAGAACCGGUGACUUUCCCGCAUCAGAUCCCUUCGUUUCCUGUUAGCAAGAACAAUGUGCUUCAGUUUCCUCAGCCUGGAAGUAAAGAUGCAGAGGAGAGAAAAGAAUACAUUCCUGACUACCUGCCACCCAUUGUGUCUUCUCAAGAAGAAGAAGAGGAAGAGCAGGUGCCCACAGAUGGGGGGACAUCCGCAGAGGCCAUGCAGGUUCCCUUGGAAGAAGACGAUGAACUGGAGGAGGAGGAAAUUAUUAACGAUGAGAACUUCUUGGGUAAGAGGCCGCUGGACAGUCCGGAAGCUGAAGAGAUGCCCGCUAUGAAGCGGCCACGCCUGCUCAGCACGAAAGGGGAGACCCUGGACGUCGUGCUCCUGGAGGCUCGGGAGCCGCUCAGCUCAAUAAAUCCCCAGAAGAUCCCCCCCAUGCUGUCUCCCGUCCACGUGCAGGACAGCACGGACCUCGCCCCUCAGUCGCCCGAGCCCCCGAUGUUGGCUCCGGUGGCAAAGUCACAGAUGCCAACCGCAAAACCCUUAGAAGCCAAGUCGUUUACACCUAAAGCAAAGACGAAAACGGGUUCUCCGGGACAGAAGACGAAAUCUCCUAAGACGGCCGCGUCCCCAGCAGUGGUCGGUAGUCCUAUUCGGUCCCCAAAAACUGUAUCCAAAGAAAAGAAAUCUCCCGGACGUUCCAAGAGCCCCAAGAGCCCCAAGAGCCCCAAGGUCAUGACUCACAUUCCCCAGGCACCUGUCCGACCUGAAACGCCAAACAGGACUCCUUCAGCUACGCUGAGCGAAAAAAGCAGUAAAGAGACCCUUCAGGUAAAACAAGCCCAGGCGCCCCCCGACGCCGGGAAACUGAACAGCGAGCACCCCCCAAAAAAGGCUGUCGUGGCCGAUAAAACCAUCGACGCCUCCAUCGACGCCGUGAUCGCCCGCGCCUGUGCCGAGCGGGAGCCGGACCCCUUCGAGUUUUCUUCUGGGUCGGAAUCCGAGGGAGACAUUUUUACCAGCCCGAAGAGGAUCUCGGGCUCGGAGUGCGCCGCGCCCAAGGCCGCCGCCGCCUCGAACAAGAAGGAGCGGCCCAAGGAGAAGGAGCGGAAAAAGGACAAAAAGGAGAAGAAGAAGAAGAAGGAGAGGGAGAAGGAGAAGAAAGAGAAGGAGCGGGAGAAGGAGAAGCGAGAGCGGGAGAAGAGGGAGAAAGAGAAGGAGAAACACAAGCACGAAAAAGUAAGCGCUUUGCCCUCGGGGGCCGGGCGGCCCCGAGUCCUGUUGAGGCGCGGGGUCGUAGCCCGUGGCCGGCUGGCUGUUUCCCACGUCAGUCGCCCGCAGCGUAACCGCAAGCAGAUAAAAGUGGAGCCAGUGGUCCCAGCCCCGAGCCCAGUUAUCCCCAGAUUGACACUCAGAGUUGGAGCUGGCCAAGACAAGAUUGUCAUCAGCAAAGUGGUUCCAGCCCCCGAGGCUAAACCCGCGCCCUCUCUGAACAGACCCAAGACGCCACCGCCUGCGCCAGCCCCAGCCCCCAUCCCCAUGCACGUCACCCCUGCCCCGGUGCCUCUGCCACUGCUGGCACAGGCCACCGCGCCCCCUGCUCUGAUGCCGGCUCCAUCUCCUGCCAUCUCCGGAGCUGCAAGUUCCAAAGCGCCUGUCCGGAGCGUGGUAACGGAGACCGUCAGCACUUACGUGAUUCGAGAUGAGUGGGGGAACCAGAUCUGGAUCUGCCCCGGGUGCAACAAGCCAGAUGACGGGAGCCCCAUGAUCGGCUGUGAUGACUGUGACGACUGGUACCACUGGCCCUGCGUCGGGAUCACGGCCGCGCCCCCCGAGGAGAUGCAGUGGUUCUGCCCCAAGUGCGCCAACAAGAAGAAGGAC